UCUUGCUAUAAUGAUUUGGAUGGCUUUAGGAAUGCUUCUUGCACACAUCACAAUUGGCCACUCAUUUGCAAUUUGGAUAUCCUUUUUGUCUCUUACUAUGUUCCAUAUGUAUGGUUGGUUAUAUCACUGUACUUCAGUACCUAUUUAACAGGAACCUAUUCAGAAAGUUCACUAUUUAAAAUUCAUUAUGAUUAUGGUCAAGGCUAUUUGUUCUGUUAUUGUUCUAAGCAUCAUCUUAUUACUCUAUAAUUCUUGAACUCUAAGGUCUGCUAUUAACAAAAUUAUCCUACUUUGUUUUGCCAUUUAUGCAGACUUUUUUUUUCUUUUUCUAACCUCGAUCAUGCUUGUAUGCUGUGUACGAGAUUUACUUUCAUUUCCUUGUCUAAACUUCGACAGGUAUUAUGGAGUCCUGAUGGCCUAUAGCAGCCUUUUGGAUUUUCUAACAGAGCAGAAGCCUAGAUUUGUGGACACUCUAGUCAGAACUCGGGUGCUACCACUGUAUGAAACAUCAAUUCCUCAACCAUAUUUGAUUACCUCUGCAAACUGGGUUCUAGGAGAGCUUGCUUCAUGUCUUUCUGAUGGUAUGAGUGCUGAUAUUUAUUCUUCGUUAGUGAAAGCAUUAACAAUGUCAGAUAUAAGGGGUGUUUCUUGUUAUCCUGUGCGGGUGACAGCUGCUGCUGCCAUUGCUCAACUUGUAGAAAAUGAGUACAUGCCACCUGAGUGGCUACCUCUUCUUCAGGUGGUUUGUCAUAGGAUUGGUGAUGAAGAAGAAGAUAACUCCAUUUACUUUCAGCUUCUAAGUACUAUGGUCGAGGCUGGAAAUGAAAAAAUUGCACCUCAUAUUCCAGAUAUUGUUUGUCUGUUGGUUAGAGAAAUCUCAAAGAAGUUACCUUUAGAUCUGGAGCCAUGGCCUCAGAUGGUGGAACAGGGCUUUGCAUCACUAGCAGUGAUGGCUCAGUGUUGGGAAGACUCUGCAUCGGAAGAAAAUGAGCAGGAUGGUUCAAGUCAAUUGUGGCGUUCUGGUCAGGCAACCAUGAUGAGAGCAUUUUCAGAUCUCCUACAGCAUGCCUGGCUAAGAUCUGCUCUACGGAUGUUAAAAAUAGAUAAAUCCUCUAUCUCCUCCCAUGCAUGCCAAUCAGCUCUGAGAUCUGACCGGACCAGCAUCAGCUCUGAGACCUUUAGCUUCAAAAGAUCGUCAAUUUCAGUAAUUCCUUGCAAAAUGAAACCAAGCAACGUGGAACAAUCAUCGACACAUGAUGCAGGGGGCACUGAGAAGGCAACCUCAGGUUCCUGAUAAUUGCAACAAAUAAUAUGAGAAGAUAACAAGAGAGUUGAGCACAUCAAAAGCAAAAGAAAUAUUAAGAUUCUUCUAAUCACACUGUUAUCCCAAGCGAGACAUUGACCAGUUAAGUACAAGCUAAAUCUAACAGGAAUUCUCAUUGGUGGAGGAACUGGAUCAGAAAAAAAGAGGGAAUCUAAUUGUAAGGUAUCUACAGAAACCAUAGCUGGAAUUGGAUCUUAUUCAAAGAAAAAGAUAUCAAAUAUCCGGAGCUUCUUUUUGUGCUUGGUCGAGGAUCUAGUAGGUGGCGCUCCUUUCUCGGAGAACCGUACAUGAGACUUCUGCCUCAUACGGCUCCAUCCUGAGCUUCCAUCAACAUAUGAACAGCUUUGGAUCGUGCAUGAGAAGCUAACAGGCUUAUCAUAUAUCAUUCCUCAUGAUAAAAAAUUUAUUUAGUUCCAUGAGGAUUUGAAUUUGUAAUGUUUGUCACU